AAACGCCUGUCAGCCAGACAGCAUCCUCAGUCUGGUACGGACAGCUGGGGGUCUCCACUUGGCUUUAAGAGCACUGCCAGUUUAAGAGGACGCCCACUUCUUUAAACCCGGAGCUCUGCGCACGGAGCGCGUAAAAAUUAGCGGACUGAUUUCAAGAACUCACUUUAAAAAGAAAGAAAGAGGGCGAAAAAUGGUUAUGUCUCACUUCAGAUUCGCCUGGACGACUUGACUCAGUAAACAGAGACGCGACCGGAUUUUUAAAAAAUAAAAACAACCCUCUCUUCUGAGAUAUUUUUCUUAUUUCUUUCCAUUGGUGCUCCUUUGACCGACACUCAGCAUGAUGUCCUAUUUGAAGCAACCGCCCUACACGAUGAACGGACUGAGCUUAUCUACCUCAGGAGUGGACCUGCUGCAUCCUUCCGUGGGAUACCAAGCAACUCCCCGCAAACAGAGAAGGGAGAGGACGACCUUCACUCGGGCCCAGCUCGACGUGCUGGAGAAUCUGUUCGCCAAGACUCGGUACCCGGACAUCUUCAUGAGAGAGGAGGUGGCGUUAAAGAUCAACCUGCCUGAAUCCAGAGUGCAAGUGUGGUUUAAAAACCGACGGGCCAAACAUCGCCAGCAGGCCCAGCAAACCCAGACUGGCGUGCAGAACAAGGCUGUCAGCAGGCCGGUGAAAAAGAAAGGCUCGCCAGUCCGAGAGGCCAGCUCAGAGAGCGGAGCCAGCGGCCAGUUCACGCCGCCUUCGAGCACCUCAGUCCCGGCUGUGAGCAGCAGUGCUGCUCCCGUGUCCAUCUGGAGCCCUGCUUCCAUCUCCCCGCUCUCAGACCCACUGUCUACCUCCUCCUCCUCCUGCAUGCAGCGCUCGUACCCCAUGACUUACACCCAGGCGACGGGCUACAACCAGGGUUACACGGGCUCCUCGUCCUACUUCACGGGGAUGGACUGCAGCUCCUAUCUUUCGCCCAUGCACCACCAGCUCUCCGCCGCAGGCUCUGCCAUGAGCCCCAUGAGCAGCAACGGGGUGUCUAGCCACCUGAGCCCGGCGUCGUCCCUCUCCUCCUCGGCGUAUGGACCAGCGGGGCUCGGGUUCAGUGGCUCUGCAGACUGCCUGGACUACAAGGACCAAACAGCCUCCUCGUGGAAGCUCAAUUUCAACGCGGACUGUCUGGAUUACAAAGACCAAUCAGCGUGGAAAUUCCAAGUGUUGUGAGGGGUACGAAAUAAAUGGACAGCUGUCGUUAACUGCAGACUGUACAGGCAAAUUAAAGCCCAAGGUUUGGAGAGGCAAGUGUGGCGUUUCCCCCCCUCACACACCACCACGACCACAGGCCCUAACUUCUACCUCGGGGCAAAGCAUAGACGAGGACUGGCGGGCGGCUGUCUCGCGUGUUGGGCUAACUUAUUAAAAAUACACUGACUUCUUAACUUUGAUCAAGGGAACAAAUUUGUUAACCAAAAGUGAGGAAAAGGAUCAAGAGAUCGAAAGAUCCGAAUCCUAACUUGGUUGAGUUUGAGGGACAUGGUCAUGUUUUCUCCUUAGCUACUUAAAGACUCCCUUCUUGUCUUUUGUUUUGUUUUGUUUUUAUUAUUAAUUUUGCUGGAUCGCUGAAGAGCCCCUUUGAUGAAAGCGCUGCGCAGGAGAACGUGUGCUUGCGCUGUGAGUGAGUGAGAGCAGCUCUGAACAUGAACCUGGAUGCACUAUUUAAUUUAUGAGAAAAUAUGUGGAAGUUACGAGACAAUCAGUCCAUGUGCGUGUGAGCAUAAAAUCCCUGAUGUGUUUAUUUUGCCCUUGUGUCUGUAUUUUUUUUGUACAACCUGUAUGCAAUUGCGCUUUGCGCAAAACCCGUGUGCCACGAGCCAGCUGUGAAUUUGAUAGUUUUUUUAAUGUCUCGGGUGUUGUUGAUAAAUUAUUUUAAGGAGAUAUUAGUUAAAAUAGGGAGUGCACGAUGAAUGAAGCAAGCAGUGAGGAAUUUCACUCGAGCUGUAAAGGGCGGGGGGUGGGGUGGGGGGCAACAAACGAACACACUAAAAUCCCAAUAAAAACAACUUCAACUGAUCCACCUCGGCUGCACUUGUGCAUCCAUCUGAUCCAUUUCUUGUGUUUCUUUCUUCUUUUAUCACGUGUUUCAUCGGGGGGGAAAACACAGUAUUCUAUCGCCUCCGUUUAUUCAGUUCAGACAUGAAUGCCAUCGUUUGCGGUUAAUUAUCUGAAUUGUGGUUUCUUACUGCUGAUCACAGCUGCCUACACAGUUCACCGUGUCUGUCACAACUACCCGGGCAAGGAGGAAUUUGAAUUAUGACAGAGCUAUGUUAAUCCCGUCUCGUGAAAGCGGGUAAUCCCAACAUUUUCAUUCACGCGCGCCACUGGCCCGUUCACACGGAGAAAUGUGACACGGGCUGUGCUUGCUCAAGAGUCCAGGGGCAAACACGAGCUUAAAGACAGGUUGUGCGCAAAAUGUUCCGUUAAACAUCAGUUUGGUUCGGAGGGUGUGUGUGAUCAUCCGCUGAAACGCCAGUGCAAAAACAAAUAACACAAUAAAACGCUCCCCUUCCUUAGAAAUGAAGAAAAAGGGGAAAAGUAGUUUUCUCUAAUUGAAUAUGUUGUAGGCCCAAACUCUGGAGGCUUUUCUUUAAAGACUAUUUAGAGAGCACACAUGACUCAUUUCGAAAAUCAUAUUUACCCACAAACGCUUUUAUGCUUUCCUUGGUCCCUGAUGAAGUAUUCACUCUCAGUACGGUGUUAUCACAGCCAGCAUCAUGUGCAGUUGCUGACAUAUGGGUUUGUGUAUAGUGGUCUUAAACCUAUAGCCAGCCGCUUUGGGGUUUAAGGAAGAGAGAGCCCGUGCGUGGAUUAAAUAAUAGGAAGGCUGAUGUCACUCCUCUAAUUAGGAUGUGACAUGAGAUGUCAGAACGUUCAUUGAAAUCUGUGGCUUUUUGCUGCCACUGAAGGGUUUUGUAUUAUUCAGUUGACCCCCAAUUAGCACUAAUUGAUGCGCAAUUAUGCUUCCGCAGAGGAACAAAUGUGACUGCAGCCUUUUGAGCGCUCUUAUCUAUUUAUUUUAAAUACCUGUAACACUUUAAAGCUUCUGUGUUUUAAUCAGAUCGUUUGUAAAGAGAAAAGGCUUGAAAUUAGCACAGGCUCUAAAACCUAAAUGCAGACGACAUUCGUAAGAUAAAUAAUAGAUAUUAUUAAAAAUGUAGAACAGCUGUGAUGAGUUGAGGAAGAAUAAAAUUAUUUAUAUGAAUAGGGACAAAACAUAAUAUGAGAAAUGUUGACUAUAAUUUAUGGAGAAAAAUCCCGAAACUGAGGUCUCAAUAAUUCAAUCCACGUAUCUAUAAAGAGUUGAGCUCCUGAUCAGUUCUCGGAUAAGAACAAACAAACAAACAAUACAAAUCAGUGCAAAAACCUGUUCCUAAUAAACUGCAGUCUGGAUUUUUAUUUUUAUCGGUCACAACAGUGUCAAAACUCCAACAGGUUUUAUAAUAAAUGUGAGCAAAAAAGCAGUAAGUCGGUCUUCCUGCAGCGAGGGGGGCAACCGGGAGGGGGGCCAGAGUAUCCAUUCGGUUUUAAUUACGCACAAACGGCACUAAAGAGGACAUAUGGGCCAGGCAGACGCGCUUCAUUAAUCCUCUCAUCGCAUUUGAGGAUGUUUAAGAAUAAUAAUAAUAAAAAGAGCUUCUUCUUGGCUGAGAAGCCCGCAUAUUUUGUCGACCCUCGCCCCGAGGCAGGGCUUUCCCCAAGCGGCACCACUUCCUCUCGGCCAGGGAUUUCCGGGUUUCCCCGCCGGCGAAGAGAAGAUCCGAGUGGACGUGCGUCUCGAUCCUACUUCACAGCGGCGACGGAGCGGGCACACAAACAACAAUUAACUCCUGUUGAUGGUGACAAAACGUAACGAGAGAAGGACACAAAAGUAGCCUGAAGUGCCACAACACACUUUUAGAAGUACGGGCUUAUUUAACAGGAUAUCACAUAAAUUUCACAUGGGAGGAAAAAAGUUCCAAUUUCAUUAGCUUUCUGAGACACUGACGUCAUUACAGACUUUUAUUUUAUUUUUUAUUGACCAAUAACGUAGCCUAUUUGGUACUAUAUCAGUUUACUUUAGGUUAAGUAAAGAGC